GGCGCUGAGGUAGCGAGCGAGGAGGAACCGAGGCGCCGGCGGCCCCUUUCCCCUUUCAGCCGCUGAGCGAGGCGGGCGGCGGUGGUCAUCAUGGCUGAGGAGGAGUCGCUGAGGAAGCAGGCCGACUUGGUGCGGCGCCUGAAGCAGGACAAGGCCCCCCAGGAGGAGAUUGCAGAGCAGGUGGCAAAGCUGUUGGACAUGAAGGCAAAAAUAUGCCCUGAAGAAGACAGGCCUAAGUUUGUCCUCAAGACACCAAAGGGUACCAGGGAUUACAGUCCCAAGCAGAUGGCAAUCAGAGACAGAGUCUUCAGCGUCAUUAUCGAUUGCUUCAAACGCCAUGGAGCUGAGACAAUAGAUACUCCAGUAUUUGAACUAAAGGAAACUUUGACAGGGAAGUAUGGAGAAGAUUCCAAGCUGAUCUAUGAUCUGAAAGAUCAGGGGGGAGAGCUCCUAUCUCUUCGCUAUGAUUUAACUGUUCCAUUUGCUCGUUUUCUGGCAAUGAACAAAAUGACCAAUAUUAAACGUUACCAUAUUGCUAAGGUCUACAGGCGGGACAACCCAGCCAUGACAAAAGGCCGAUACAGAGAGUUCUACCAGUGUGAUUUUGACAUUGCUGGCCAGUAUGACCCCAUGAUUCCUGAUGCAGAGUGCCUGAAGAUUAUACAUGAGAUCUUAAGUGCCCUACAAAUAGGAGCAUUUGUUAUCAAGGUCAACGACCGUCGUAUCCUUGAUGGGAUGUUUGCAGUAUGUGGAGUACCAGAGAGCAAAUUCCGGUCCAUCUGCUCUGCUGUGGACAAGCUAGACAAGAUGGCUUGGGAUGAUGUGAGAAGUGAGAUGGUUGGAGAGAAGGGGCUCUCGCCAGAGAUUGCAGAUCAUAUUGGUGAAUACGUUCAGCUUAGGGGUGGGCUGAGUCUGAUCGAGCAGUUGCUCCAAGAUCCAAAGCUGUCGCAGAACAAGCUGGCUAGGGAAGGCCUUGAGGAAAUGAAGCUGCUGUUUGAGUACCUGACUAUUUUCGGCAUUUUGGAGCAAGUUUCCUUUGACCUGAGCCUGGCUCGUGGUUUGGAUUACUACACCGGAGUAAUCUGCGAGGCUGUUCUCCAGCAAAGUGACCAAACAGAUGAGUCUGUUAGUGUGGGCAGCAUAGCUGGAGGUGGCCGCUAUGAUGGACUAGUAGGGAUGUUUGACCCCAAGGGGCGGAAAGUGCCGUGUGUGGGAUUCAGCGUUGGCAUUGAACGGAUCUUCUCCAUCGUGGAACAAAAAGUGGCGGCUUCUGAGGAAAAGAUCCGGACAACUGGGACCCAGGUGCUCGUGGCAUCUGCUCAGAAGAAACUACUUGAAGAGAGGCUAAAGCUUGUUUCUGAGCUGUGGGAUUCUGGGAUCAAGGCAGAGGUGCUUUAUAAAAAGAACCCCAAACUGUUGAACCAGCUGCAGUACUGUGAGGAGACGGGGAUCCCUCUUGUUGCCAUCCUGGGAGAGCAAGAGCUAAAUGAUGGAGUGGUCAAGCUGCGAGACGUAGCUACUAGAGAAGAGGUGAAUGUUCGCAGAGAAGGAAUUAUUGAAGAAAUCAAGAGGCGAACGUGUCUUCCCUAGAAGUUUUCAAUGGAUUCCCUUGGGAAGAUUUGCUGAGACCC